UUAAUAAGGAAAUUGGUUAGUGUUGAUUUGAACUGGGUUUGGUCUAAGUUACUGAGAACUUAAUUAAAUUGAUUAAAUUUUAAAAAUGCAGCCUAAUUUAGUUUCUAAGUCUUGAAUUUAUCGAAAUUCAUCAGAUAGAUAGACUGGGGGUUUAUACCUUUUAAAUUCAAAAUCAAUUGGCACCCGUAAGAGAUCUAAUCCGUCAUCUAUCCGUCAGACUUCUUAAAAGUUGGAAGUUAAAAGACUCCCGCCUAAAUUCUGUCAGAUUUCCCGCCCUUUAUUCUUUCAAGAACUCCUUACAUACAAAUUUCCUUCUCUUUUACACGUUGUUCCGCAGACACAGAAUCAUCCAUUCGCUUGUUUACGAUCUUCUAGUUAUCUUUACAUAUCAGAACAUGGAUACAUCGAGCCCUUCGAUUUUUGUCAACGGGGAGUCAUUGCCUCUGUACAUUGGGAAAAGGGUUCGAGCUGUGGUUCAAGUCAUUCAAUCUGAUGGUGCAGACACGACUGCAAAAUCUACAGAUGAACACCAGUUGAUUAUAAAAGGGUUGCCUGUUAUCCCUCCUUUGAAAUUUGUUGAAGUGAUUGGUAUUGCUGAUGGCAAUCAGUCAGUCCAUGCCCAAACAUGGACCAACUUCGGCGACGCGUUUGAUGCUGCUUCAUACAAUCAAUUGUGCAAACUUGCAAAUGGAGAAUUCAAAGCUUUAUUUCUUUAGGGAGUUGCAUCGUGCCAGCUUACUAGUGGGCAAGCAAUGGUUUGUUUCUAUUGAAAGUUGUAAUAUUUUAGACCAGGAUUAAUGUGGGUUUGUGAUUAAAAAAAAAAACUAUCUUGAGUGUCAUGUCAUGUAUUAGCUGGAAACUACAUUUGCUCAUGGUGGUUCAUGUUGUCUGUUCUGAUAAUGCAAGCUGACUCUUUUAUAUUAAAUUAAGUGAACUCGGCAUCAGUCCAGUCUUUUUGUU